UCCCUCCUACUACUCUUCAAAUGGACCUUGCUGGCAGGGACUUGGACGAAGCUUUGUUCUCUCAUCUUGUUGACGAACAUAAAUACAACGGUAGACUAGCGGACCUCCGUGUCGUCAAGGAAAAGCUUUGUUACGUCGCGCUCGAUCCUGACAACGAAAGCCAGGCCCGUACACCACCGAUGUACUCUUCCGAUCAGAACACCUACGAGCUCCCCAGUGGCGAGACGAUCACCGUCGACCCCGCAGAGCGCUAUAGAAUCCCUGAAGCUCUCUUCAAUCCAAGCAUCAUCAAGAAAGACUUCUUUGGUAUUCACGAGAUGGCCUACAACAGCAUCAGUGGCCUUCAGACCGAUGUCCGCGAGGACCUUUUAGGUUGGGUCUACCUAGUAGGGGGUUCUACGCUGUUUCCGGGAUUUAAGGAGAGAAUGAAGCGGGAGCUGACUGCCUUAGCUCCUCCCUCCAUGAAGGUCUCUAUCGUUGCAACCCCUGACAGGAAAUAUUCCGUCUGGAUCGGAGGUUCAAUCUUUGCUUCAAGAAAUCCUGACUAUAUUGAAAACGCAUUGGAUUAA